AUGUGUGACGAAGGCACCAUCCGGGACUGUGAGCCCACCACCUUACGGCUUCCUUUCAACAGCUACCAUAUCAACUUGCCUCUAUAUAUUCUGGACAUGGUGCGCAUCUUUCAAGACCAUCCCAAGUAUAGCCAGGGAAUUCAUGAGGAGCACAUCCUAGAGAUGCUAGAAAAGGAACCCUUUGCCUGCGGCGAUCUGGAAUCGCAAGUGAAGACCGCUCUGCUGGAUCUCACGGCCAAGGGAUUCAUACGCUUCAUUUCCAAUGGCUACCGCACCUUGGGACCCAUUGCCAAGCUCUCCAAUGCCCGUUCUGUGCGUCACUUCAACAUGACAUGGCAGCGCAUUGCCGAAUUGCAGAAGGUCAAUUGUCCGAGCCUGGAGCCGGGAUCGAUCUCCAGCGGUCCCUGUACCCAGCGUGGAUCCAACUACUGAAGUCU